CGCAGCAGCAGCGCACGACCACGAAAGAGGAAAGGGCAGGAAACAGGAGGAAGUUGAGGAACACAACGGAAACCAGUCCAGAACCAGAAAUCCACUAACCGGAAAAAUUGAUUCCCCCUUCGCGCUCCAGCGGUCCAGCCCACGCGUUCAUCUUCUUCUUUCCUCGUCGUCUCCACUUUUGCGGAUUAGAAUCUGCUCGUGGACGGUUGGUGCCGCGAACCGGAUCCCGCUCGAUGGCGGAGGGCUUCGGGCGGUGGGAGUCGGAUCCGCUCUUCCCCGCAGCCGAGUGCGUCCAGGACUCCGCCGACAGGAUGGAGGGUGUCUACCGCUUGCUGUUGCACGAAAAGAAAUCUAUACGGGAUGAUACUUUGGAUGCAAAAUUUCACACACCGAUACAGUAUGAGAGAGAUGUGACUACUGCACUCGGAACAACCAAGUGGCAGUUGGAGCAAUUUGAGAGGGAGGUGGAUGCAGCUGCACACUCUGAUAAGUCAAAUUCGAGGGAAAAUUCAAUUCUAAAAUUUAGGCAAUUCAUUAGAGCUAUAACUGAGCAAAUUUCUGGGGUGGAAGAAAGCUUGAAGAAUCUCAGGACAGAUUUCAAUAGAACUUUGAAAUAUCCAUACUCAAGUGAACAGGAUGGAGAUGGACUGGCAUCUUUUCUUUCUGGUGGCAACAAGGAUAGUCGUGUAUAUUACUCCACUGAUACUGAUGAAAUUACUGAACUUAAGCACGACAGUGCACCUACGGUGAAUGGUUAUCAUUCUGCCCAAGAACGUACAACAUAUGAACUGAGAUAUUCAGGAACAGAUGUGGAAGGAGUAUCCAAACUCCAAUGUUCAUGCGGAGAAAGUGCUUGUGAAGGAGAUCAUAACGAUAGCAUUUUGUGUAGUCUUGAUGCUGAUGAUUUGGUUGGCAGGAACCAUCGUUACAAGAACAAACUGGGCAGGCAGUACCGUAGUUUCUUGAGAAACUUGUGGUUUACAAAGAGAGGCCGUGAGAGCUUUACAAAGAGGAGGAAAGAUGGAGAGGUUAUGGGUGGCACAGGAAAUGGAAAUAUAUUACCUUCGUUCAAUCUACAUACAUCUGGAAGGCCUAUGUAUUGCUGGCCUGAGCUCAUCAAGCAGAGAUUAAGUACAUCUGAAUGUUCUGCUCGCUACAAUUAUCGGCAAGUCCGUGUAGCAACAGCAGUGCUAGUUGCACUUGCUGUCCUUGGCUUGCUGGUUUUGCAUGCCAGAUGACCGUGACCGGUAUCUUGUUUUGGACCCUAUGUAUGUAUCAGUCACACCACACCGGGAGUGCCCUUUUGUAUGUAUCAGUCACUGCGUUGCAUCUCACCAAUCAAUCUGUGUGAUGGUUCCCGAUGAAGAAGGAUCCAUAAGCGUUGGAUUGCCAUGACAUGCAGACAGAGGUUUGCCGACCUUUUUGUGCAGCUGAGAGCUGUGGUUGGCUCCUCGGUAGCGUGACCAGCAUCGAAGUGUGGGAUUUUCCGCUAAUUGUCAUUUUAGGGGGUCCAAAAGGACCAAAACUGCCACUUUUUUUAACAGGUCCAAAACAUGUCAUUGUGUUGUAUUUCUUCAUGAUGUGGCAUAAUCAACAAUUGCCAGACCGGUGAGAACGACAAUCAGUGUGAUUUUGAUUGCGUGGCAACUCUUGUUAAUGUAUAUAUUCUCGCCAAAUGAAAGUCCACUUGAACCGGGCUGAUUCAUUGUAUUAUAGCACUACGUUGUCUCUACCUGGUGAUCAAAUCUGCUUUGCUUA